CCGAAUUAAAAUUUGGAUCAUGAAAAUCAACUCAUUGGCAAUCUCCCUACUCAUCUCUGGUCAAAGUUGACAAUUCGUCUAAGAAAUAGGCAGAAGCAAGCAUUGUGCGGCUCCAACGUGAAGAACGUAUAUUUACGUUUCAUAUUUUUUGUCUAACGCUGUAUAUAAACGGCUAUAACUAUGGCGGCUACUAUGCCAAUAAAUCCAAAACCAUUCCUAAAUGGUCUAACAGGCAAGCCUGUAAUGGUAAAACUAAAGUGGGGCCAAGAGUACAAAGGCUAUCUUGUGUCGGUUGAUGGCUACAUGAAUCUGCAAUUAGCGAAUACUGAAGAACAUGUAAAUGGAACUUCAACAGGGAACCUUGGUGAAGUAUUAAUAAGAUGUAACAAUGUGAUGUACAUUCGUGGUGUUGAAGAAGAAGACGAAGAGGGAGAAAUGAAGGAUUAGCUAUCUGUAUAAGAAUUGUAUUAAAGUUUGUACUUUAAGUUACACAUGCUCAUCUAUUCCAUAUAAAGUAAAUCACACUCUUUUUCAUAA